GUGAGGACUGCUGCUCGGCUCCUCCGGCCCUCUAUUCGUGUGCCUUAUGUCAACUUUUUGAACCUGUGGCCAUUAAAUAACAGAGAAGCUAACUUAUUUGAUAGUAGCUGAGUGGAGGAAUAUUUUUCACCAACGUAACAUUCGUGAUGACUUGUGUCUAAGCAUUCGUGUGUUAUUAUGCUUCAGUUGUGGACAGUGCUAGGGGUGAUGGAUGUUAUGAUAGACUCAGGACUAUAAACAGUACUACAGAUGCGGGUGCAGAAAUGCUUGCAGACCCGUGUGAAGGGUGUUCGUCUGAAUAUGUAUGUGUGUGGAUGAGGGAGCUCAGACGGUCUCCAGGACGCCAAUUGUCAACAGAAGCGUUGGUAACCGCUGCUCUUUAGAACCCUCCCCACUCGUCACCACUACCGCUAUCAGUGCCAUUUGAUGUCUUUUGUGUCAUCUGGUGUCAACAAUGUUGUUGCUACCAGUACCAUCAGGCUGUACUUGUGUCACUUGCCGUCAUCAAUUACGUUGCUGCUGCUUCAACUCCCAUUUAGAAUACCUUCUGCCACCUGCCGUCACAAGAGUCCAUACCACCUGACUUCCAUUAUACCACUCCGUCAACACUGUAGCCGCUGCCGGUAUUAUCUGGAUUCCCUCAGGGUCACCUGCCGUAGUUAAUACCAUCUGCCUCCACCAGUGCACCUGUACAGGUGUGCCACUGACCUGAAACACAAAUACAUAACCUAACACAACACCAGGUAACACCAUUACAAAAUCCAAAACCUUCCCAGAUAUUUUUAAGCUAGAACUUGUUACCUCAUUUCAUAUGGACAGAGACCCAACUGAGACCAACAACUGCAGGCCAAUUUUUAACUUUACUAUAUAAAAUCUAUGAAACUGCAACUCUAUGCCGAUGUUUUAAGUAGCACAUUUCAUGGUAAACUUAAAGGGAUUAACUCACUGGUGGUAAUUAUAACAAAUCUCACGUUCAAUUCGUCUCCGGUUUAAAAGAGAUAUCAUCAAUGUUCAAUUGUUUAUUUGUAACAAAGCAAUAUUUCGACAACAUGGAAUUGCAACAAUGGCCCCUAUCUCUGUUGCAUCGAAGAGUCAUUCUGCAGUCGGAAACAGACGGGAGAAUGUACAUUAUUCAACGGUAAUAAUACAAAAAGACGUGCUCGAGGAUAUACACAAAGACUGGUCAAAAACAACGGCAAAAGAAAAUAUGUGAUUUUACCGCAGACACAUGUUUACAUUCUUAGUGAAAUAUUUAUACUCAGUGAUUGCAUUGUAAGGUUCUGUUUACAAUCUUAGUAAAACGUUUAGAACCAAUAAUUGAAUCACAGUCUUCUGUUUAUAACCCAAAUGAAUUAUUGUUAUUACGAAAUUCAUGGGGAAGCGCUAAACACACGUGAGAUUUGAUGAAAUAUUUAUAACCAAUGGCUGAGCCGCGACUUAAGUGAGAUAUUUAGAUCCAUAAUAAACAUUGCUGACGGUUCAAAAUACUUUAGAGAAUGAAUCUUUUUUUCUCCAACGUGAUGGGCAUGAUGCCCUAGUGAGGAGCACCACGUUCUUGUGAUCACGCCUGCGUGGAUAGCACCACGCCCGUGUUGGUAACUCCACGCCCGUGUGGGUGGCACCACGCCCGUCAGCUUGUGCCCACCGGGAUGACGCGGUCGUAGUGGUGAUAAGACAUCUCACUUUAAUGCCAGUCUUCAGCGAGAUCUCACGCCUCUUCAAGAUGGGCAUCUGUCUAGAUACAGAUCGCAGUGGGUCCCCACUGGUUGGGGAGGGUAGGAACGGGGAGGCUGGAACCACAGCGGCGACCACCCCAGCAACAGCGGCGCCUCCAGGACCAACCAACACCGCCCCGACGGAGUCCAUUACAGGCGCCCCCGUCAUCUUCUUCCUAGGCGGGCCAGGCAGUGGAAAGAUGACACACGCGCAGAACCUGGCGGACAUCCACGAAGACUACAGACACAUCAAUCUCACCGUCGUGAUCAGUGAAUACAUCAAGGAAAACGAUCUGGGAUCUCCUCGUUCCAUCUCUGCCACCAUCGCCUUGGCUCUCCUGGCCCGGGAGAUGCAUAUUACACCUCGCUGCAAAGGCUACCUAGUUUCUGGUUACCCUCGGCAUAUGGAUGACGUCCAUCACUACAACGAGAAGCUAGGUAACAUUGACGGGGCCAUCCUGCUGGACUGGCGGGAAUCAGCACUCUUGAGCAACCUAGCUGGGGCGAGGAUGGGCACCCUUAUGCUUGAUGCUGCGAGAAAAGACCUUUCUGAAUUCCAUAGCAAAGUUCUCCCUGUAUGUGAACACUUCGACAAUCAGGGCCUCCUGUUCGUGGUAUCUGGGGAAAGGAGCCAGGAGGAAGUCUUCAGGGACGUCCAAAGAGCACACGAUAAAAUUAUGCGGCCACACCCUCUACCACCCCUGUCACGUGCCUCUGUAGGGUCUUACCGAGAAUACCGCAAUAUGACGGCUUCGGUGCAGAAUCAACCGCUUUCCACCUCAUUCAUCAAUGUCAACUCAGAAGAUGCGGUCUUCCCUCCGUGCCUCUUUUUCAUGGGUGGUCCUGGGAGCGAUAAGUGGCGGCUGAUGAGUGGUAUUACAUACCUGUACCCCGGGUGGGCAUGUAUGGGCAUCGGCCAGAUGCUCCGAGAUCAAAUUGCGUGCUGGAGGGAGGACCCUGAGGCCUACACUGAAUUACCCAGCGAGAAGGUUAUUUUAAUCCAGAACCUCAUGCGCAAGGGAGAGCUCAUUCCACAGGACUUAGUACUAGACAUAGUGAGGAAAAAGAUAGAAGAACUCAAGUCUCACGAGGGAAUCGUUUUGGUUGGGUUUCCUCGAGACAUCAUUCAAGCUCAGAACUUCGAGGAAAAGUUUCACCAGAUCCCUCCGCUGUUGUUGAUCGACUGCUCAGAGUUAGAACUAGGGAGGAACCUUGGCAGGAGAGAGAACCGUCUGGAUGACAAUGUAGCAGCAGCCAGGAGAAGACUCGCCAUCUAUCGCGAAGUUACGCUUCCUAUGCUGAAAGCUUUUGAUGAGAAGAACAGGCUCAAAAUUAUUGAUGGUGACGCAGACUGGGAGCAGGUGGAGAGGGAAGUGAAAAGAGCCAUCUAUGUGGAAACUCAGACGCUAGCUCGCCGCACCCACAGGUCCGCCACACACACACCCACACCUUCCCUGAGGGAAACCUCCUCACCGAGACCUGCCAGUCCUUGUCUUUCUGCUGCCACUCACAGCACCAGAGGUCAGUCAGAUGAGGACACACCCCAGGAACACUUCAGCAGCAAUGUUCUGGUUCCUCCUAGCUUUGAGCGGCACGGGGAGGGCAAUACACUUUCUCAUGACAUAGGGAGUGUAGAAACCCUGAACACAACACCCAAGAAUUCGAUGAAACACAAAGCAGUCUGACAACAAAAGGUGCCCUACUUCGCUUGUCGAAGAAGGUCUGUGAUAAUAUACUCUUCCAUUAGAAACAAAGUUGACAGUGACAGUGCUUCAGUUGUUUACGAAUCACAAAUAAGCAAGAUAGAUGGCCAUGUACAGUAUUCAUUCAGUACGUGUAUUUUUUUGUUUCAACGCGUGAGUUUUAAUGUCUUACAGUGCCAGUCCUAUUUUGUAAUUAAGGCGCCGACUGAAGUGUCUCUCUUAGUGUUAAAAUUAUUUUUUGUACACACUUCAGUUUGUUUUACUGUUAGUAAAACUAGCCUUCAGAGCAAAUUCCUUGGCCUUACUUGGUAAAACAUUAUUUUAAAAAAAAUAAUCAUGAUAUUAUCAUCUUUGUAACAGUGAAAUUAAUGGAACUGGCGAAUCUCUAAAACAUUUGCUCCCCUUUCCAAGGAAAACACUAAAAUCUAGUUAAGCAACAUGUUGUAUGCAAGUUCUUUAUUUUAAACCAAAUCUAACACAACACCCUAAUCUAACCUUGCUGAAAUUUACAUAAUAUAAUAUGACUUAACCUACUUAAGUUAUCUAAGAAUCCGCAGAACCCUUGUUUAUAUUUUUCCAGUGGGAGGAAUGAGGGGGAGGGCGAAUCUUUUAAGUGACCCAAGAUAUAUAAUAAUCACGAACGCCAGCGUCAAAAUUCUUUACUGUAUAGUGUGCACUUUUCAUUCUCUGAAGGAUUAUAAACACAUGGUUGGACAAAGUUCAUUCAGAUCUAAAACUGAUGUUCCGUGAUUUAGGAAACUUAACGUGUCCAGAGGUAUACACUCCGUAACAUUUCCAUUAUGAUUUAAUUUAAACGACGUAGUUUUUAUAAUGUAUCUCAUAGCAAUAUACUUCUAUCAUGCUGCCUUUACUUGACGGUACUGAUGAUAUAUAUAGUUUCAGAAAUAAAUACCAUAAACAUGAAAAAUAUUGACAAUAUUUUUACGUUUAUUAUGCCGAGUCGAAUAAUGUAUUUUAAAGAAUGGAUUCAAUUCAUAUUUCAGCAAUUUUCAAAAUUCAUUAGUAAGAUAUUAUUGUAUAGCUUUAGAUAGAAGUAUAGUAGCAUGAAAAUAUCAAUACAGCAAUACACUCUUAAUUUUAUUGAAUAAAACAGUGAUGAAAGAUUUAUUAAAAUUUCUGUGAAGUGAAUAUUAUACGAAGUCAUUACUGAAAAAAUUGGAGACCUUUAUAGCAUCCUUGACAAGUCACUUUGAAGAGGCAUUCUGUUUACAAUGAAGCACUGACUUACCAAGAAACAGCUAAAAACAUCAAAUGUCAUCAUUUUCCUUAAAAUAAUAACAAGCUGGAGAACAAAUAAAUAUUCUGAAGGAAAAUAGGCGUGAGCAGCCUAUUCUCUUUGUUACUAGGACCUUCCAGAUUUUGUAUAAUUCUAAAUAGGUAGGUAAGGUUUGUCAGGAAACAGGACAAGUGUUUCCCGGCUUGGGUCUUAUUCAUGAUGACCGCAGCUGGAGCUUUUGGUCAUCUGAUCGAAGCCCUCCGAUGGCUUACCGGGUCACCCCUUUAAAAAUUAUGGUUAUGGUCAUAACCAUUAGGACUGUAUAAUGAUUCUGAAGAAUACUAUAAAUCUUCCGCCAAAAAUUGCUAUUACACUCUCGAAAGUCAUGCUUAUAAACCAUGAUUUUUUCUGAAGAAACUGUAUGUUAAAACUAUACCACAGAAAGCAGAAUGCGGAAAGGAGCCACAAACGGAGUCAAAAUAACAAUAGAGGGGUCCUGAAAACUAGUCAUUUAGAAGAUAUAACUGAUGGAUUGUAGUCCUGCACGAAAAACAACUAUUUAUAAGCCAAAAAUAAAUAUAUUAAUCUUAUUAUUAUUAUUAAAGAUUCGCCGGUAUUCUCCCGGCCCGGGCCUUUUCCAAGUGGUGGCCCGGCCUUGGCUCCCUCUUUAGGGAGUGUCUGAGACCUAAGUCUCCCAUGGGAGGAGGCACAAGUACCUCCUCAUCUUUGGGACCAACUGUCCCCAGGCCUAGCCACAAGCUAGGCCUCUCUGGUCUGCCAUCCCCGCCCCAAGGGGGCAAAUGGGAAUGACAGUCUUAUGAGCUAAAGGCUCGGGCUCAGGCACCUACCCUACCCUAGAAGGGUUAGGCAUGAUGUCGAUCUAUAUUAAUCUUAAAUAACUUGCUCCAUAAGGAUGGGUUAGAUGUAAAACAAAAUAUGUAUAGGAAGUGUCUUGGGUAACCUGUGCUUGUGUGGAAUGUUCCUUCAGUGACUUCGUAUCAUUAAUACCAUGAAAUAGUAUCUGAUUAUUCAGUUGUGGCGUUUUGUCACAGGACAAAACGCCACAACUGAAUUAAUUAUUUAAAAAUUCAGAAUAAACUAUAAACAUACCAAAAGGUAGCCGGUAAGAAAACCCGGAGAUAAUACGAAUUUCAGGAUAAUUCUAUGUUGAUGUCUACAGCUCCAUUGUUUUGGUAAAUAAAAUUAUACCAGUGUGACACAAAUAAGACCAAUGUAAUUAUUAGUAGGAAAAUGACUUUCUCUGCGUCAAUAUUAGCCUUAUAAAGAAUUAGAACAGUACCGCUAAUCGACUUAAUAUAUGACAUAUACUGUAGAACCUUACUAAAUUAUUAGAUAUUUUUCAAUAUUAUUAUUCAAGACCUCGAGGUUACUUUAUAUAUAUAAUUACAGUAUUUCACAUUUUUUUUUUUUUGCUUGGUAGCCAGGAAAGUGACCUGGGACAAAUGCCUCAUAGCCUAUUUGCCUUUCUUUUUUACAUAUUACUGUGUAAUGAUAAGAAAACCGCUAUUAACAAAGAUUUUGACCCACUAUAACUGAUAUGCCACAAUAUUGGAUCUAAAUCUUUUCACGUUAUAGUGAAAUGAUAAAGAUUACCCAGUAAAUAAUGACUUUAUUGGCCAUAAGAAACCAGCAUCGUCAUAUUAAAAGUUUAUAAUAAUAAUAUCAUUAAAAAUAAUAAUCACGUUAAUAAUAAUUAUGAUAAUUAAGUGUAAGUUCUUAUACGAAUAAUUAUGUACAUUAGUAGAUGACUGACAGUGCAGUUCUCUGCCACAGAGUUCGUGACUAGUUAACCACCCUAAGUUGGUGCUAAUUUCGGUUGUAUUUUUUUCCUAGCAAACUAAUUGGUUGUUUAACUGAAUAAAAAGCCUAUCGACUACAUGAGGGUCAUUAAGGAUGCAUGUACUAUACUUACCACCAGUGUAUAUGUGUCUAUGUAUAUUUACUGAGACAUGUACCUCCCGGUGCAAAUAUUUUGACGCAAGUCAAAUAUUUCAUUUUUUUUUUAUAUUGUUCGACUGAUGAACAGAGUUUGGGGUGUUUCAUGAUUUUUUUUUUACUGUAACUACUUUAUUUAAUGUUCUGACAUAAAAGAAUAUUAAUAAUUAUGAUUCUUCGUGUGUUACAUGACUAAGAAUAGUAUUCAGCAUAAGUUUACAAUCAACAUUCAAACCAUAGUUUGAACUCCACCCCAUGUCCAUUGUGCCCAAUUGUCAUGACAGCCCCAUUCAUCCCUCCACUUUGCCAUGCCAUGAUGUGCUUAGAGCUUGGGUGCUUUGAAGAGGAAAUACUAAGUUAUAAAGAAAACAUUUCUCAGAGUAGACAUUAAGGCUCUAGUGUUAGUUUUAAAGUAAAUUUUUGAGCUCUGUCUCUAGAUUUAAAUGAUCAAAUUGGUAUUAACAUUACUACUAUAUUAGAAUAAAUAAUUUCAUAUAAAAUAAUAGUUAUAGUUAUAGCACUAUAAUUCUAAAGAAAUGUUGAAAAUUAGGUCGUGGUGAUAC